AUGGCGUCCGUGCAGUUCCUUGGCUGGUUUCGCCGCUGCUAUUGUGUAACACACUGCUGUCGCAACACUGGUGGGAGCACCAACACGGAGCAAAGAAUUCACUUGAAGUUCCUGGUUAAGUUGGGUAAGGGCCCGACCGAGUGCGUCAAGCUCCUCCGAGAGGCGUACGGAGAGGACUCCAUGUCACGGCCGCGUGUCUUCGAGUGGCACAUGCGCUUCAAGGGAGGCCGCGAGCAGGUGGAAGACAACCCCAAGUCGGUGCGGCCUUCUACGACAAGGACAGCGGAGAACAUUGACAGGGUGAGGCAGCUGAUGCGGAGCGAUUGCGCGUUGACGGUGCGGACCAUCGCGGAAGAGCUGGGCAUCAACCGGGAGUCUCUGCGGACCAUGCUGGCUCAUGAGCUGAGGAUGCGCACGGUGUGCGCCAAGUGUUCGUCGGACGAGCAGAAGGCGCGCCGUGUUAGCGUUUGUCGAGACUUGCUGGAGAAGAUCCAGGAUGAACCAGAGUUCCUGGGCCGGAUUGUCACUGGAUAUGAAACAUGGCUCUUCCAGUAUGACCCGGAAACUAAAAGACCAAGAGUCACCCAGACCUAAAAAGGUGCAUGUGUCCAAACCAAAGAUCAAGGUGAUGCUGAUGGUGUUCUUCGAUCAGAAGGGCAUGGUCCAUCAUGAGUUUCUUCCCCGUCAGUCAGCACUUCUACCAACAGGUCUCUCCACUGGCUCCUCAACUGGAUCAGGUGCAGCAGACGAGCUCCUUGGCUGCUCUACUGCGACGCCGCGCUCGGUAUUGCGAAGCAGUCCUCGACCGACCAACACAUUGCCACUCUCAAGUACCUGCCGUAUUCGCCAGAUCUCGCUCCGUGCGACUUCUGGCUCUUCCCCAGGCUGACUGUCGUGCUCAAAGGAAGUCAUUUCUCCAACCCAGAAGAGCUGAAGGCCGCCGUGACCAGGGAACUGAGGGACCUCCACGAGAAGGACUUUGCCGACUGCUUCCGUGGCUUGCAGAAGCAAAUGUAGAAGUGCAUUAACUCUCGGGGUGACUACAUUGAUCAAUGAUUGUGAGUCUUGUCUUUUAUUUAAAUAAAGCAAGCAGCCAGCUGCA